CACAGACACAGUGUGGUGGCAUUAACAGUAAACAAUUGUGUGGGCGGAGAAAUAAAUCCAUCUGAUAAUAUGUAAGCAGCAGCACUCACCCAAGCAUGAUUCUUGUUCUCAUCCAUUGACACCCCUCACAAGCCAACCUAAUAAGCUCGCUGGGUUGCUGCAAAUCCUCUCUCUCUCUCUCUCUCUCUCUCUCUCUCUGCUGCUGCUGCUGCUGUAGAAAUGGCUACUUUCCUGCUCCUCGUGCUCGCCGUCGCCAUGUCUAGUGGUUCAGAAUCGAGUCCUCGAGAGACAACCGUCCUGCCUGCACCUAUUUGGUCGACAUGUUUUACUAGUUUCUAUUUUUUUCAUCAUCUGAUGGCAGAGAGAGAUUAAUGACUCAAAACACAUGAGAUCAACUAUUGUGGAUGCUGCUUGGUGUGUGUGCCGAUCUGAUAUGAGCAACACUGCUCUGCAAAAGGCACUGGACUAUGCUUGUGGAGCUGGGGCUGACUGCACUCCUAUCAUUCAGAAUGGGGCAUGCUACAACCCCAACACAGUGCUCGCCCACUGCUCUUACGCUGCCAAUAGCUAUUACCAGAGGAAGGGUCAGGCCCAAGGAGCCUGUGACUUUGCAGGCACUGCCUCUCUUACAUCAACAGAUCCAGGGGGGAAUGGUUGCACAUACCCUGCGACUUCCAGUGUUGCAGGAACUUCCGGCACUCCAACAACCACCACCCCAACGAGCGGCACCCCCGCAAUCGGCACUCCGACAAGCACAAGCACCACUCCCCCAACCACGACGACGACUCCUACAACCUUCAGCCCUCCAACCACAGGCGCCACCCCCACGGGGACCGGAGGGGUGCUGGGAGGACUGGGCCCCACUGGUACAACCAGUAGCAUUGAUGGUAGUGAUGGGGGCUUGCUCCGAGGGGCUGAGGUGGCCUCACUCCUAUCAACUCUCUUUCUGUCGUCCUUGUUCCUGUUGAGGUUAUGAGUUCACACUUGUAGUAGGCUGUCUGAAAUCACAUCUUUCGAGGAAUUGAAAGCAUAUCGAUGAGCAGAUGAGGGUCCACAAGUCAUGUGAUGAACAUAGGUGGCCAACGAGGGAUCCAUCUACAGACGUUCCCCCCACCAGUGUUUUGUUGUUUAGUGGCAACAAAAGUGGGGCUUUGAUUCCCUCUUUUAUGCUCUUUUUCUUUUCAUGGAACUUGUCCUUCUCUCUCUCUCUCUCUCUCUGAAGUGAUCCAGGGAGGCAAUGAUUCAUUGUAUCAUAUGGGUUGAUGAGGCUGCCAUACCUCCCUUUUAGUUUAAUGUCUAAUCUAUAUGGGUUGUAUCUA